CACAUCGGUUCCUUAAAAGUUAAAAGUUUCCCGGAUUUCCACAUGUGCUCCUUGAUUCAUCAUGUAUUAUGAUGUAUGUGAUGUACAAAAUGCAGUGUCAAAAUUUACUUCUAGAGGCCUCUGACUCCGCGGCAGUCUGCACUCUGCUGCAGCCGUCUCUCUAUACCACGCGCUUAUCGCCAGACCACGCCGGUACAAAUUUUUCAUAAUAAGUCUCAAAACAAAAAAAGAAAAACAUCAGAACCUGUUUCCUUAAAAAAAAAUUCAUUUAUAACUAAAAGUGUAUAGGAUUUCAUCUACAAUUACGUAUUUCAUCGAAUGAAAAGCUACUGUUGUUAAAUAAUUUAACAUAACCUUUGGUUUUAAUUGUAUUAUUGUGCCAAGAGUAAGUAAAAAAAAACUUGCCAAGAUGACAGAUGAAAAACAAUUCGACGAGUAUCUCGGUGGAUCUGAAAAACUACCUCACGAUGUUCACAUUCUAAAAAUUGCUGCUGCACGAGCUUCUGAAAUAGCUGGAAUGAAUUAUAAUAUAGGAAAUCCACGGCAAACCAAAUUGAUUUUCCAGAAAUUACCUGUACACAUGCGGAGAAGAGCAAUGUCUCAUAAUGCAAAGAGAAUGCCUCGUAGGCUUAGGAAAGGACACAUUAGCCAGAUGACAAAAUCUGGACUACCUCCUAAGUCAAAGCGACCAUCUAGAAAAUACCGCAGAAGACCAAAAAAUUUGCUCCUAGAAUAUAAUAGAAGACAACAGAAUAAUUUUUGGCUAGAGACUCACAUAUGGCAUGCAAAACGUUUUAAGAUGGUUGAAAAAUGGGGAUUCAAGUUACCUAUGCAUUCAAAUGAUAGAUGUUUUAAAGCUAGUUACAGAGCUGUAAAAAAUCAUUGUUUAUUACAAGAUAUUUCAUACUACACUUGUUUAGAAAUCAGGGGUAAUGCAGAAAAUUUAAAAGCAAAGUUAAAAGAUCAUUGUAAUCAAAAUGAAUUGACUUUUGGAGCUAAAACUUUUAUGAGUGGACAAAGAGAAGGUACUCUCAUGUUUUAUAAGAAAAAUGGAUAUCCCAAUCAUCCAAUUGGUCACGUUACAUUUAUGUGGAACAAUUCUGUAUCUAAUGAAAAAUCAAUCUGGUUAUGGAUUCACCCUGCUUUUUACAAAAAUAUUUUAGAAGAAAUUAUAUCAAAUUUUAACUUUAAUUUGAAUCAUCCUGAUCAAACAAAGAUCUCAGAAGGUACUAUCCCAUUUUCAGAACUAAAACUCAAUCAAAUGAUAAAAAUUCCAGUUUUCAGUAAUGCAGAGGGAUGCAAACUAAUAAUAUUAAGGAAUUGCUUGAACAGGUUCAGAUUGAGUGGGCCUUUGUGUUUGAGUACAAUUACUGAAGCAUUCAAAGUCCCAAAUUUAAAUAUGAAAUUUCAAACUCCAUUUAUUACUAGCAAUCUAAUGAAUACAAGAAAACUGAAUCUAAAAAAUUAUAGUGAUGAAUCUAUGGAACUAGAUACUGAUGAUAAAGAUGUUGGAGACAGUUGGUUUAGAAAUUAUUAUCAGUUUCAAAAUGUAGAAAAUGUAGAAUCUUUCAAAGUACAAAAGGAGUUUUUUGAUACUUUAAAAACAUUGAAAUCACCUAGCCAAUUACCAUCAAAUAUGAUACUAGGAUUAACUAUUCUAGAUCCUAGAUUUUUUUUACCAUCGAAAAGGAGAAAAUCAUUAUUAAACUCGAAAGUUAUUGAAAACACUUUGAUUCCUCCUGCUUUAGCAACCACAAGUUCUCUUUGGGAUGAAAAUGUAAGAAAUUUUCUAUCUACCAACUGUAAAUCAAUGUCAUUUAUUAAUAAUCUUAGAACUAAAAAUUUGGUUCCUGGUGUGCAAAAUGAUGAACUUUAUAGCGAAGAUAUCAUGCAAAAAAUACCAAUUAUAAUAAUCCAAAGACCUGGUCAUCAUUCAGAUAGUAAUUACACUGAAUUUAGUGCUGGAUUUGAUAUUAUUUUACCUGCUGAAUGGUCAAUGCCUGUAUGGCUUUCUCUUAUUUUACGUUGUGCCAGACCAGGUGGUUUAAGAGAGUCAAAAUCAAUUGCACAAGAGUGUUCAAACUUGAAUGUCCCAUGCAUCAAUCAUCCAGACACAGAAGCUUAUCAGAUUGAAGCAGAGUAUACAAAAACACAAAUGAUUGAAAAAUAUUUUAGGCUGCCACCAAACAAAAGAAUAAAUUAUGUAAAAUUUGGUAUAACUAGUCCAUUUUUUUGUGAGUGGAAAUUGCUUAUGAAAGAAUGGAAUGGCUCUGAUGAUUUUUAUAUUUUUAGGGAAAAAAAAAUUCUCAGACAAUUAAGUAAUGAAAUUAAAAGUAGCUUUGCGUCUCAAAAAAAUCAAAGAAAUGGGCAAGUAGAACAAACUGUGACAUCAAUACAAAAAUUAUUUGACAACAUUGAAAACAAAAAUUGUUUUCUUCCUGUCAGAGUUGUUGUGGAAAGAAAAGGGAUACCAAAAGAUUUUUCUAUAAUAUGUUUACCAUCAAAAGAAGACAUAGAAAUGUAUUUGAAAGAUAAAGAUUGGACAGGACCAAUUGAAUCCUUCAAGUCUGAUUCAAAUGAAAAUAAACGAAAAAAUUUAAGAAUAGGUCAUCAAGCUUUGUUGAGAAAAUUAAGAAGACAAAGAAUAAAAUUACUGCAAAAAAUGAAAGACAAUUCAUGUCAUAUAGCUCCCAAAUCAUGUGAAGAAAUGAAAAAAGUUAAGAAAGUGAAUCAAGUUGUAAAAAAAAAGUUACAAGAUCGUAGCAAACCAUUUAUUUUACAACAAGCUCAAAUUAUGGCUAAUCUUUACUUACCAAAAUGUGAAAGCGUAAGAAAAUCAUGUGAUAGAGAAGUUGUUGGAUAUGUUACAAAUGGUUCAUUUUCAUAUUCUGAAGCAAAAGGUAUAGGUUUAGGAUAUGUUGUUGCUACUUCUGUUUUUAAUAAUUUCAAAGAAGUUUCAAAUUUCAUUCUUAUCAGAAAUAGUACAACACGACAAUAUAGAAUAUGUAAAUUGGAAAUAUUAAAUUGUUAAGACUAUUUUAUGUAGCAGAUUGUAAAUAUAAAGUAAGUUUUUCAAUGUUUGUAAAUAUUUAAUUAAAUACU